AUGAAGUUCCAGGUUCUCGCCGCCGCUGGCCUCGUUGCCGCUGCCAACGCCGCCUCCAACGGCACCUUCACCACCACCCAGGUUGUGACCGCCUACACCACCUACUGCCCCGAGCCUACCAAGAUCACCCAGGGCAACGUCACCUACACCGUCACCAAGCCCACCACCCUGACCAUCACCAACUGCCCUUGCACCAUCACCAAGGUCCACACCACCGGCUUCAAGAACAGCACUGUUCCCGUUGUUCCUACCACCACCCCUGCCGGCAACACCCCCGUCAACCCCACCAAGCCUCCUACCGUCACCGCUGCCGCCGCCAAGGUCGGCUCCGGCCUCGGCCUGGUCGCUGGUAUUGCCGCUCUUGUCCUGUAA